AUGACCAAGAACCGCCGACACGACAUCGUGAAGCCCUCCAAGUAUAAGACGUCGAUCUGCACGUUCUUCCGUCGCGAAGAAGGCUGCCCGUUCGGUGAAAAGUGUGCCUUUGCCCAUGGAGAGGAUGAGCUGCGGUCGGAGCCGAAGGACACGGCCUCACUGCCGGAGGCACCGGCAGCAGAUGGAGUGACACCAGCGGCCGCCCCGCUGUUGACAUUUGACUCGACCCCCUCAGAGCACGUUAAUGCGCGAGCAGCUUUAGGAGAUGAGCAACACAGCGAUGCGCUGGCACAGCAGGUGCAGCAUGACUCAUCUGCCACUACGGUCACUCCUGCCGAGGCGAAGCGGAAGGCCAAGAAGAGGGGAUUCGAUGUGCCUUCGACGCCGUCUGGAAACACCCAGGGUCUCCCUGGCGGCGGCCUCGGUGGCAGCAGUGGCGCAGCCAGAGGAGACGCCCCCGCCACUCGAGGGCACAUCUUGCCGAAGCGUCGUCAGCCGCUACCCCCGCCGCCGCCGUCGUCUCUUCCUGGGCACGGGCCGAUGCUACCCACCGCGUUUGGCCUCUCUGUUGCCCAACCACCGCUCUCGCCACCGAGGCCUCCUUCAUUUGCUCUUCCCGGAGACUUUGGUGGUCUAGCGUACGCUGGCAUGCCGGCGGUGAUGUCAGGAAUGCCCCACUACAUUCCUGUGAUGGGCCACCACCCCUUCUCGGCCAUCAAUGAUAACCAGCACGCCAUCAACGUAGCCCCUGUAAUGCUCAGCCUUACGUCGUACGCGACUCUGCAGCCCACCAUGCAGCUACCGCCACCACCACCACCACCACCGGUGCCUGCAUUGAGCUCUUCUGCGCCGCCCGGUGUGACCGGACCGGCCAGCGGUGCCGCCUUUGCAAAUGCGCUACCGAGCGGGGAUGCGAAGCGCCGGCAGCGCCAGCCCCUGCGACCCGUGGUGAAUAGUACCACCAUGACACACAGCACCGGCCGGCACCCAACCAAUGCAUUUGCGAUGGUGUCGGAUGAGGUGGCCACACCGCCAUAUGUCUACGGCCUUAUGGCUGCAGCCGGUGUACUCUUGAACUCUUCCUCGGCACCGGCGAGCAAUACACGAGCGAGCAGCGGCAUGAACUACCCGCCUUCUGAUCCACCGUGUGUUGCGGCCUUUGGGGGUUUUGCUGCAACGCCUUCACUACAUCCUUCGACGGAGCCGAUGCCAGACAGCAACGACAGCGGUGUUCGUAACUCUCGGCGUACGCCACCAACAACGGUCAGCAGCAACGCCCCUGCAGCGCAGUUGCCUCCGCCGAACUUCGCGACAGCCGCGCCGGCGCCGACGACUGCUGUGCAGCAUCGACUGAAUAGUGCGAGCAACUGUCAGAGUGGCAGCGCUAGCAGCACGGUGAUCGGCGACAGCUUGUGGGGCUCAACGGAAAGAACCGUUCACCCCUCGACCCCGUCUCUGUCCAGCCGCACAGAUGCUGCCACCUCGUUUACUGAUAGAUGCGGCAGCAGUGCGGAGGACUACAGCGCCAUCUUGUCAAGCCUCGGCAUUGGCGGCUCCUCGUAUACAACCAUCCCCCUCAACCGGUUCAUCUGCGAGCGUGGCACUACCAGUAACGAGGAUGACGUCAGCGUGGAAGGCGACUUUGACUGGACAGCUGCGGUGGAGCGUUGGUUGUCGACGGCUCGCGAGGAUGGCGUGGGGGACAGGGCGACGACAGCAUCGGCGGAAAAUACGCCGACCGUCGGCGCCAAGGCCGUACCGACGGAUGCGUCAAGCACCGCUUCGACUCCUGAAGCAAGCACCACCACGGCGAAGAGGCUGGCAGCGGUAGCAACAACGUACCACCCGCAGGGCGGCCGCUCCGUCUUGGCCGCACUUAACGGUAAUCCAGUCCUCAUGGACGUGGAGCUAAAGAACAAAGCGUUUAGCACGUCUUCGCCAGCAACGGAGGCGAGGCGCAGACCGGCGGCGGCGGUGUGCCAGGUGUCACGGGCGGCGGGUGGCAUAGCUUCGCAGGCGCCGCGCCGCGCCCCCGUCAUGAAGAACCAAUUUAAGAGCUCCUGCGCGGCGGAGGCGGACUCCGGCGCGGUGCUGCUCUACUGCGCUGAGAAGAAUACGUUUGUGUACAUCGCCUCUGGUAGCUCAGGGACGGCAGUGGCAAUGACUCCAGGGAAGCGUCGUGGCCAGGUUGUUGCAGCGGCUACGGCGAGUAGUGCUGCGCCAUCCCAGCGCGCAGUAAAAUCGUCCGUUGCAGCUGUGAGGGCCUGGCAGGCGCUUGCUCAAUCUCUGGACAACCCCAGCACCGCUGGCCGCCACGACAUCCUCGGCAUUCAUGUGCGCUUCGUCCCUGGACGUCGGAAGCGUUCAGUGUUGGAAGAGGUGCCUGACGAAGAGGCCGAGUAUUGUAUCUAA